CCGGCCUGCGCGCGCAUGCGCCGUGAUAAAAGGCCGAUACCCCGGGCAAGAUGGCUACCAAGAGUAUCGCUUCCCGCCUCCGGGGCUCCCGGCGUUUUCUGAGUGGCUUCGUGGCCGGGGCUGUAGUGGGCGCUGCGGGAGCUGGGCUCACGGCCCUGCAGUUCUUCCGGAGUCAGGGCGCUGAGGGAUCGUUGACAGGGAAGCAGCCGGAUGGAUCUGCGGGAAAGGCUGUCUUAGAACAAUUUGGAUUCCCUUUAACUGGAACAGAGACAAGGUGUUACACUAAUCACGCUUUGUCUUAUGAUCAGGCAAAGCGGGUGCCUAGAUGGGUUCUUGAACAUAUAUCCAAAAGCAAGAUAAUGGGUGAUGCAGACAGAAAGCAUUGUAAAUUUAAGCCUGAUCCCAAUAUCCCUCCAACCUUCAGUGCCUUCAAUGAAGAUUAUGUUGGAAGUGGGUGGUCACGAGGACACAUGGCUCCAGCAGGAAAUAACAAAUUUUCAAGUAAAGCCAUGGCUGAAACCUUUUACCUUUCUAACAUUGUGCCUCAGGAUUUUGAUAAUAAUUCUGGAUAUUGGAACAGAAUAGAAAUGUACUGUCGAGAGCUGACAGAAAGGUUUGAAGAUGUUUGGGUGGUAUCUGGGCCUUUGACGUUACCUCAGACUAGAAGCGAUGGAAAAAAAAUAGUUAGUUACCAGGUGAUUGGUGAGGACAACGUGGCAGUCCCCUCACACCUUUAUAAGGUAAUCCUGGCCCGCAGAAGCUCAGUAUCUACCGAACCACUGGCACUAGGGGCCUUUGUGGUACCUAAUGAAGCCAUCGGCUUCCAGCCCCAGUUAACUGAAUUCCAAGUGAGCCUCCAGGACCUAGAGAAGUUGUCAGGACUGGUGUUUUUUCCUCAUUUGGAUAGAACUAGAGAUAUCCGGAAUAUCUGCUCUGUGGACACCUGUAAGCUUCUGGAUUUCCAGGAGUUCACCUUGUACUUGAGUACAAGAAAGAUUGAAGGAGCUCGAUCAGUGCUUAGACUGGAAAAGAUCAUGGAAAACUUGAAGAAUGCAGAGAUUGAACCAGAUGAUUACUUCAUGAGUUGCUAUGAGAAGAAACUAGAAGAACUCAAAGCUAAGGAGCAGUCAGGAACCUAGACAAGAAAGCCAUCCUUGUUUUUAUCUCAAGAUGUGUCAUAGCGUCUGUAAUGAAGCAGGCAUGCCCUCUUUAGGCUAACAUAGUUUAGUGGCUUUGCUUUUUGCUUUUUAAAAAAUUUUUCUCUUUAAGAGAUGUCUCGCUGUGUCGUCCAGGCUGGAGUGCAGUGGUGGAAUCAUAGCUCACUAUAGACUCGAACUUCUGGGCUUAAGCAAUCCUCCUGCCUCUGCCUCCUGAGCAGCUGAGACUAUAGGCACACACCAUCACCCUCAGCUACUAGUGGCUUUGCUUUAAAGAAACAAAUGGAAUCAUAAAUUUACGACUAAAAAUUCUCCCAAAAGAUGAAAGAUCUACAAUGUUUUUGUCAGUAUUAUAUUUGACUCAGGAACUAAUUAUUAAGGGAGCUUUGACACCUGCAGAUGGAGGGCUGAUCUUGUGUCAAGUUAACAGGAACAUUGCCCACAGAUGACACUGCAUUGGUAUCCCGCUGGAUAUAGAGUAUUGGGAAAGCAUUUGUUCAGUUUCAUACCUCCAAACCAUGCAUUGUCUUUGAUGUAUCUGCCCAGCCUUCUCAGAACUCAGUGUUGUACAUUUUUCCCCCUAGGACCUGAAUUGGUCUUGGAGGUGGCUUUUAGAAAUCAUCUAUGUAGUUCCUGUCCACAUGGCACUGUAUAUUUGUUUCUUCUUUCUCCUCUUAUGAAUCUGCUCUUUUUUCUACUUCUGUCUGCAUAGAAGUACUCAGCAACUAGUUUCUGCUGACUAGAUUUGUUCUAUCUACUAGGCUCAGUGCUUUACAUGUGUUGUCUCACAAUGACCCUUUGAGGUAAAUACCACUAUCCCCAUUUUACCUGAGAGAAAAUUGACGCUUAGAGAGCUUAGUGUCUUACCCGAGUUUCACUUUUCCAAAGUAGUCAUCCACGAAGUAUGAGGCAGACAGAUCUAAGAGAAGAAAGACAGCUGAGGUAGAUUCAGAUUUUUUCUGACAUGGAUGGUGGCUUUUUACUCAGAAAUAUACACCUAUUUCCAUGAGUAUUUGUGGGCCCAAGGCAUGCUUGGUAAGAAGAGUCUGGUUUCUCAUCUGCUAUGCAAGCCAAAGGGACUUUAAUGUUCUUUGAACUGAACCCUCCUUAGCUCUUUGGAAAGAGACAGUCAGGAGUAUUUGGGAAUUAGAGGGCAAUAUUUUGUGGGGUUUAUUAGAGCCCAUGCUUGCUUCCAGAGAUGCAGUUCUUUUAGUGACCAGAUACUGCCAAGUUGAUGUGUUCUUGCUUUCCAGGUGAGCUUUUUGUUCUUAAGAUUAAGAAACCUAAGAAGGGUCUAUGGCCAGGCAUGGUGGCUCAGGCCCGUAAUCUCAGCACUUUGGGAAAUCAAAGUGGGUGGAUUGCUUGAGCCCAGGAGUUUGAGACUAGCCUGAGCAAUAUAAUGAAACCCUGUCUUUUCAAAAAACUACAAAAAUUAGCUGGGCAUGGUGCACACUUGUAGUCCCAGCUACCUGGGAGACUGAGAUAGGAGGAUUGCUUGAGCCUGGCAGGUCGAGGCUGCGAUGGGACAUGGUCAUGCUACUGGACUCCAGCCUGGGCUGCAGAGGGAGACCCUGUCUCAAAAAAAAAAAAAAAAAAAGAAAAAGAAAAAAAAGAAAAAGAUCUGUCCACAAAAUCACCAGCUUAUUAUUUGCUUCCUCUGUGCCUGCUUGUCUAGCAUAGUGGGCCAAAGGUCCAAAGGCAUUUAGCAUUCCUGAGGGAAAUUGUGGCUGGUUUUCGGAGCCAGUUCUCUUGAUUUGGGUUUAUCUGGAGUUCUUUCAUGGACUGUCCUGAGCAUUGUCAGUAAAAUGUCUUGGGGCAUAAAAGCUUGUCUGAAUCUGUCAUGCAUACCACUGCUGUCUUUUCCGAGUGGUAUUGUAAGAAAGAUUAUUGUGGUGUGUUUGUUCUAAGAGAAGUGCCAAGGCUUUAAGAUAAAGAUAAGAUAAUAAUGAUUGACCUUGUUCUGCUCUUUUAUUUGGGUAAAAAAGAAAAGUUGAGGGGUCAGAACACAGUAGCCUGAUUAGUACCAUUCUGUUUUAUCACACUGUUCCCCAUUAGCUUGUGCCAGUUCUCCUCUUCUCGGGGAUGUAGAGCCAAAAUGUCACUGUGACCAAACAAUCUGUUAUUUUUUCUCCUCCAUGGAGAGGUGAUGGUGUGGCCUGGGUGUUUCUCCAGGAGUAUAAGUGGGCAGCUCUGUGGGAUAAGUCCUAGGUACCUACUGCCCAUCUCUAGAGGCGGGCCCCCAACUCCCUUCCCCUGUUGCUAUGCUCUGUUCUGCCGACCUGCAUUGCCAGCAGCCUUGGAGUUACUUCUCAUGCUCUUCUUGCUCCUGCCUCUUCACCUAGAUGGUAGAAUCUCUAGUUUUAGAUCAAUAAAGUUUUUUUUCCCC